GUCGGCGGCGUCGGCGUCAGCGGGGCGGGGGUCAUGACGGCGGCCACGGCCACGAGCAAGCCGCCCACCACCACACUGCAGGACGUGUUCGUGAGCGUCAAGACGACGCGCUCCUACCACCGCUGGAGGCUUCCCGUCAUCCUCAAGACGUGGUUCCAGCUCGCCAAGGAGCAGACCUGGUUUUUCACGGAUACGGAGGACCCCGAAUUUCAGAAGAAGACGAACGGCCACAUGAUCAACACCAACUGCUCGUCGUCGCACGGCCGGAGGGCGCUCUGCUGCAAGCUGUCGGUGGAGCUGGACACGUUUCUGGACAGCGACAAGAACAGAAGAUCUCCUUCUGGUUCGCCACGGGAGGCGCCGGCUUCUGUCUGAGCCGGGCCCUGGCGCUCAAGAUGCUCCCCGUCGCCGGGGGCGGCAAGUUCAUCAGCAUUGGCGAGAAGAUCCGCCUCCCGGACGACGUCACCAUGGGCUAUGUCAUCGAACACCUGUUGCGGAAACCCUUGACUGUCAUCGACCAGUUUCACUCACACUUUGAACCAAUGAAGUUCAUCCAUCAGGAAACAAUGCAUGAGCAGAUCACCUUCAGUUAUUCUCGUUACAGCAAGAAUGAGGUGAAUGUUCUAAAAAUAGAUGGCUUUGACUCAAGGCUUGAUCCCACUAGAUUUUUGUCUCUUCACUGCCUCCUGUUUCCAUAUCUGAGUUUCUGUCCAAGAUGAUGAAUUACUUAGAGACUUGAUUCUAGUCGAAAUGGGAUUAUUCAGGAAGUGUUCAGUCUGCUCAUGUUAAAGAAAUGUCUGCUUACUAGAGGCAAGGGAAAAUGACUCAGAGGCAUCAUCGCCAUUCCCUUGAACAACUUAAGGCACUUUGAGUCAUCCUUCGUUGCAGCAUUUGUGUGUGAUAAUGUGCUGGAGAAAAUUGAUUCUGACCCCUCUGUUGAUUUUUAUCAAAUUAGUACAUGAAAUUUUAUUUUUUGCCAUUCUUUUGUUUUUUAAAUUUAUUAUCAAAAAUCAACUUAAAAUUUAUUUUAUUGAAAUUGACAUUAGUCAGUCUGCCCAGUCAUUUAGAGGCAGGCAUGUAAGGGGUAAGACAUAAACUGUGAUCAUCUUUGUACAGUAUUCUUGUUGUUGUAAUUAGUUCUUGUUAAUUUUAUUGUUAUUUAGAUGGAUAUAGUAUUUGAGUGAAUGUAUAAUGAUGUUAUGUGUUUUAAUAGUCAAGACAUACCUCUAAGGAAUACUAGAAGGUUGCACAAUAAUGCAACUUUUAAAAUGGUGCUGCUCAUGUCAUAUUAAUUUUAUGAUCUGGGUGAUAGAUAGACACUGUUAGCUUAGGUAUUUAUGCCUUGUGCUCUUAGCUUACAUAUUUAUCAGUGCCUUUUGGCAGUAUGCCAAGUUCCCUCUUGUUUUGUUUAAGUACAUGCAGAAUGUGUGUCUGCGUUUCAAGUUACCAACUACCUUAUUGUUCACUUAAUUAAGGCAUUGAAGAAGUAAAUUUAACAUGUGAAGCAAUUUACAUCAAUGUUAUGACAGCAAAAUUAGAAAUGUUUUUCAAAUUCCAAACUAAUGUUAUGUUUUGAGUGUGUGUGAAGGUGUGUUUUGAGUUACAGAAUAAGAAGUGAAAUAUGUGCUCACAUUGAGUUUAAGACCUCCAUCAAAGUACAGUAUAAGUAAUCUUUUUCGAAAGUUGUGCCAUAAUGUAAUAGUAAUGCGUCAUUUUAGAACUUAAUGAAGAAAUGUACAUAUGUAUCCAUAUUUGAUUGUGAAGUCUUAGGUUCACCAUCAUAGAAUAAUCAUAAAAGAGCCUUUUAAAAA